GCCGCCACCGACCGACUCGGUUAGGUUUGGCGUUCUUGCGAUCGACAGUCAAGCGCGGAGGGCCGUCGAUAGUGCGCGUUUGCGAGUUUGCGUGCCAAGUGAAAUACAAUGUACGCGUGUGCGUCCGUGUUCUCCGCGACGCAGGAAUUCAAGAACGUCGGGGUGCUUGGCGCGUGAUCGCGCCUGGAUGCGUGGGUGCGUGCGUACGUCCGGGACGAAGCGGACUGCGCUUCACGGAUGACCUCGCGCCACGAGCAUGGAGCCUCUUCGAGGUAUACUUUUCGAGUACCGUUAAGGAUCGUCAUGAGCGUCGACUGUGGAUCGCGAGAGAGUCACCAUUGUGUCCUAGAUCCGUAAUUCGAGUUAAAGAGGGAGAACGGAGAAGAGAGGCAAAAAGGACAAUUAGGAAAAGGCAGAGCGCCAAACCGGUUGGCAAAUUCGACUAAAUUCGCCGCGCAUCGAUUCGAUAUUACUUCGAUUGAGUGUUCCUGGAGGUGACCGUAAACAGCAUGACAUUGAUAGUAACAGCUAUCGUCGCACUGUCCGUGUUGGUUAACGUCGUGCUAGCCGAACUCGAUUUUCGGGGUACCAAAUGUGGGGAAAAGUAUUGCAACAUCACGGAGUAUUGCAGUCCCUUCGAUCAGCACUGUAGACCUUGUGCGAUCGCGUGUAACGUCUCGAGUCACAAUUAUCAGCCAGAUGAGUGCACGAAAGACUGUCAACUUUAUCUUCUUGAUCAACGCUAUGCCCAACACAUGGAUCAAUCAAGACAGUACGAUGAUCUCAGAGAAGAGGUCGAAAAGCUUAAGUAUAGGUUCGUGAUCACAACGACGUUGACCUGUUUCUCACUAUUCGGAAUGCUCUACCUGCUGGGAAGAACCUUGAUACGAUGGAAAAGAAUUCAGAAGUCUCUGCAAAGUGUAUUCAGAAGAAAUAUAAAAGUGAAGCAGGCCAAUAAAAACAAAGUGCAAGAUGACGUCGAGGCCGCUGUGAAUAAGCAAAAUGGUCUCAAGUUGACCAUACCGAACAUAAGCGCCACGGUAGAGCAAGAAUCUAAGAUCGAGAAUAAUAACAGUAAUAGUAAUAGUAAUAGUAACGGGAUUAACACCACUCCGAACACCACCAGUACUCCUCUUUCACGACGGCACGCUAGCGAGGAUACCACGCUCGAUUAUGCCUACGAUAAUCCGGCGAUGACACCGAGCCCGGACUCCGCGCAGCUUAAGACGAAGGCUCGUGAGAGUUCGUUUUAAGAUUGCAGAUUACGGACAUUUAACAAUAAGAUUAUAUAUACAUAUGCGCAGGAUUGUUCUCUAAAGAACUUUAAAAAGAUUUCCAAGUAUUAAAAUUUAAAAGAGAGAUAAAUAUAUUUGCGCUUGUUCUAAAAGAACGUUUUAAAAUCCCAUCAUGAUGCGUGAAAACGUCUUUGUGACGAUAAUUGCUUUUUUGAAAAAUAAAAAGAACAUAAUAUAUAUUUGACCAGAAUUGAGGAAAAGAUCACUUUACCGGAACUUGGAACAAUUCUGGCUUAAGUAGAGGAAAAUAUGAAAAGAGGAUGUGGCGAAGCGUACAUACAGGCAAUGAAACGUGACGUGUCUUUUCUGUCUCGUUCUGUGAAUAUAUACUGAGAUAUUCUAUAACAUUUUCCGCGUUUUUACAAAUACAAUUUUUCGAUAUUGUUAAUGCUCCAAAUAUUGGAGCAUAUGUAGCAAUGGGCGAUCGAAGGAGAGAUCGAUCGUAAUACCGCUACUUUGUCUUUUUCUAUGCUCGCGCGACUUUAUGUAAGUUAAACAGUUCUUAAGAAUGCUAUUCAUAGUUGAGACAGUACAUUCUACGAAUGACCACAACCUCAUAGAGAAUAAUCACAUUUCUGCAUAAUUGUUUUGCUUCCCGAUAAAUCACAUUUCUGUAUGCAUCAUUGAACGCCAAGUCAUGAAACAAGUAAUUUGAUGUUAAGACAUUUUUAAUGACUUGGAGAAAUGAUACGUACUAAUUUUCGACUAUGAAUUAAUUACAUUUUUGAAGAAGCAAUAUUUGAAAAAUAACGUCCGCGUGUAGCUCUUAUGUCGAGACUGUAAAUGUCGUAAUAGAUUACUUGUACAGUUAUAAUGUAGUACCGUAAGUUUUUGGAGUGACUCGUGAACACGUGUCACGCCUCCGCGAACCGUGCGGCUGUGUGACUUAAUUAAAUAAUUAUUAACGCGACACGCUCGCGGGACAUAGACGCGCGCAGUGCAAUCCCGACGACUUUAUCUUCUUGGUCUUAAACUGCAGGCGGAACGUUUCGCUUCCACCAAUUACAAUACUGGUUCCAACACCUUCGUCUAUCAGAGACUGUAAAAGUUUUCUUAUCGCGUUGAUAAAGGCUCUGUGCAUCAAUGCAGUAACUGUGAUGCGAACAAAUUAAUGCCACGUUUUCAAAUUCAAUAAAUAAAUAAAUAAAUUUACUAUUUUCUACUAAUCAAUUUUAUUUACGAAAAUCUGUUUGCAAAUUUUUUGACAUUUACUGUUUUUUUAUGUAAAAUCGUUCUAUCUUGAAAUUAAAUGAUGUCUAGUAUGAAGCAUCUCAAAAACUAAAAUCUUUCUAUGAUUUAUGAUUAUUUUUUAAUACCUGACAAUCGUUAAAAUAAUAUCAAUAAUUUGAAUUAAAGGUCAACGUUUGGCACACAAAUUUCAGUUACAAAUUAAGCACAGUGCGCGCAUAUAGGAUUUUAAUAAUAAGUACAUAAUAAAUAUUUUAAGAAAUUCCAUCCUUAUCAGCCAUUCCGUCCAUGAAAGGCCUUUGGAGCAAACGUGCGCGUUUAAGACGGCGCAUUUUGCAUAGGUCAGUGACGUUGCACGCGAGAACGAAGGGAAAUCAAUAAUAAUUUUAUUGCCGCGAGCCACGGCGAGCUAAAGCAUAAUAUAGUCAUUAACGUUGCAAAAUUUCGCGGAAAUGUAUAUUCAAUUAAUAGAAUUAUAGGAUACCUGUUUAUGAACAUAAUUUAGAAGCCAUUAAUCCAAGGAAAAAUUAAAAAAAACGACGAAUUAAAUUGAUUUUAAAGCUCGAGAGAGUGGAAAGAACGUCGAAGGAUAUUACUUCUGGAAAUGGAUUUGCAUUAAAAUGCAAUUUGCUCAAAACAGAUGCGCUCAACAAUUGCUUGCUCCCUGAGGAACACUUUAUAUUUAUCGAUUGGGAGUAAGUGCUCGAUUAAUGCUCAAGUUUAAUGAGUAAACAUGUAGAAAGUUGCUCAAACUCAUAAAUUAUCAUUAAUUAUUAAUGACGCUUUAAUCAAAUUUUAUUUUAAAUUCAUUUAUAUUUUAUGUUCAAAUUUUAAUAUGAAUUAAUAUAUAAAUUAAUUUACAAAGAAGCAGAGAGUUUUAAAUUUAUUAUAUUUAUUAUGAAUCUCUUUUAGAAAAUAAUUAAGUGACAUAUGGCAAAUUGAAACAAUUGUUUUUUGACCAAAUUUCAAAAUUUUAAUUUUAAAUACUCAUCGAUUAAUCUUAGCUAAAGACUUGGAGAUUAAAAAUGGCUAUUUGGAUAAUUAAAAAAAAAGAUUACAUUUUCAAUUAUAUGGAUCGAUAAAGAAUGUUUCACCUUCGUCCUGUAGCAACCACUGGCCUUAGAUUUAAUCAUUUGUACACGAUUCACCAUUCUUAGCGAUUAGCGAAAUAGUAAUAGCUAUACACACUACAGCACACUUUUCAUUUCAUUACAUGAUCCCUUUUUGGAUCAACGUCUUCCAGAAACGAAGAUAUUAAUUUUGCCCAGAGGCAGCUCGUAGUAUUAAGUUCUCAAGUCGAACUGUACAUAGCGAAUAAUCUAAUUUUAUUUAACAAUCUCUGUUUCCGCCGAUAUGUUUAAAUAUAACUAUGUAAAGAUAUUUUUGCGAAUAUGGUAUAAACUUCAAAAUUAGAAGAAUUAGCCGGCUUGAGAUCUUACAAGCAAGAUUUUCUCGAUUUUCCUUCCAGCAUACUUAAACGAAUUGUAUACAUUUUUAAUAAUUAAUGUUUUGUUAAUUAUAUUAACAAAUCACAUUUUAUUCUUGUUUUAAUAAGUGAGGGAUUCGGUAUUAUAUGUAAAGUUGUUGAUAUUAUUUAAGCAGCCGAUUUUAUCAAUCGCUUAUCUAUAUAAUCUGUUCAAUCUCUUAGCUUCGGAAAAUAUUAUAAACACAUAGUUCACUAUUAACUUAAUUUUAAUAUGCUGGACAACUUUUCAUGCGUGAUAAUAAUAUAGAUCAUUUAUAAAUAUUGCGAUGUUAUUCUUAGACGAAUGUGUUGGUGUAUGUGAAUUAUUCUGAAUCAUUAGUGUGUUCCAUAUUGAGUAUAUUAUCGUACUUAUUCUUACUUAUCGUACUUAUUGUUAUAUAAACAUCUAUGUGACUUGAAGCGUGCCUUUUUCUCAGCGUAAUUCAAAAUGAAUACUAUUAAAAUAAUGUUAGUACGGUAUGCCUUUUCGAUAAAUUUUUUCAAUGUUGAAAUAUAUUUGUGAUAUAUAGAAAUUUAUUUGUGUAAUAUAGGUACAAUAAAAAGAUGUCUCUCAAUUGCAUAUGCACGUACACAAAGUGUACAACUUCAGUAAAUCACGAUAAAAAUUUUAAAAUAAAAUUAACAUAAAAAAACUAAAGUUAUAUUUGAAUUAAGUAUAUUAAAUAUUUUGAAUAUAUAUUAUACAUUAUUUUUUAAUAACAUUAAUGUUUUGUUUUUAUGAAAAUAAUAACUGUACAAUUAAAAAAUAUUGCAUGAAAAACUUGCUGGAGUUAUAUACUUUACGUAUGUACAUGGGAGGUGCCGAUUUCUGAGAUAGAUAUUGUUAUAAGCAUCUACAUGUAGUUUAAAUAUAAUCAUUUAAUUCAUUAAUUCAUCCACUACAUUACAUCACAAUAAAAUGUAAAGAGUUUCGAUGCGUGCGAAUUGAUUUUACUCACGAUAUUAAGCAACAAUUGUCAAAACAAUAAUUUUGCAAUUUUGCGUAAUGUUAUGAUAUUUGUAAGGUAUUUGUAAAGUAUUCGUGCGUUAUGGAUUUGAGUGUUAUGAGAAAUCGACACGAUAUAAAUACAUUCCAUUGUAAAUUUUUUCAAGAUACAUACGUUAUUGAUACCGAGGUAUAUUUAUAUCUUGAGUGGAUGCCGGAUAUUUUACCGUUGUUACCGUAUCGCUCUUAAGAAUAAUGGAAAGAGCGAACAUUUUUUUAUAUACUACAUUUAUUUGUAAUGUUGCAAUUUUCUGUCAACGUUUAGUGUUAUUUGGCUUUAAUAGGGCCAGAGAAAUGCGACAAAAUGUUUCUGUCGAGCAGCAGCAACUUUGUUUUGUAAAUAAACAAGUAGCUAUACCAACAAA